CCUUCGUCGCGCCACCUACCCGCACGCCGACAAAGUAAAAAUCUAAACAAGAAGUAUUUAUUGAAAUGCUAAUACUAUAAUCACUGUCUAAUCAUGAAUCUAGAAUUAUUAGAAACUUUCGGGCAAAACUACCCAGAGGAUUUCGAUGGUGCCCUAGACUGCAUGAGCAUUGCUCUUUGCUGUCAGUUUAACCGACGAGGCACACUGCUAGCAGUUGGUUGUAAUGAUGGAAGGAUUGUUGUAUGGGACUUCCUGACACGUGGCAUUGCCAGAGUUGUGACUGCACACGUGCAUCCUGUGUGCAGCCUAAGUUGGAGUAGAGAUGGGUACAAGCUAUUAAGUGCGUCAACAGAUAACAACGUCGCUAUUUGGGAUGUAGAGAGUGGGGACUGCGAUUUUCGAUACCGCUUCCCAUCACCUGUUCUCAAAGUACAGUUCAACCCACGUGAUAGUGGCGUGUUCCUGGUGUGCCCUAUGAAACAUGCAGCUGUGCUGGUACAUGCUAAUGGCAAACACUCUGUGCUUCCGUUAGACGAUGAGUCUGAUUUGAACAUAGUGGCAGCAUUUGAUCGCCGGGGCAAGAACAUAUUCACGGGCAAUGCACGUGGCAAGAUACUAGUGCUGAACACGCAGACACUAAAGCUGGUGGCUUCCUUUCGUGUCACCACCGGCACAUCCAACACAACUGCUAUCAAGUCCAUAGAGUUUGCACGGCGAGGAGAGUAAGUGCUUUCUGUGAAUACAGCUGAUCGAAUCAUUCGCGUGUAUGAGAGUGGGGAGGUUCUGGCAUGUGGCAAGGAAGGCGAGCCGGAACCAAUACAGAAACUACAGGACCUUGUUAACAAGACUCUGUGGAAGAAAUGCGUUUUCAGUGGAGAUGGAGAGUACAUCUGUGCAGGCUCCGCCCGUCAGCACGCUCUCUACAUCUGGGAAAAGAGCAUUGGUAACUUGGUGAAGAUCCUACAUGGCACCAAAGGAGAACUGUUGCUGGAUGUUGCUUGGCAUCCCGUGCGUCCCAUCAUCGUGUCCAUCUCGAGCGGCGUCGUCUCCGUGUGGGCGCAGAACCAGGUCGAGAACUGGUCGGCGUUCGCUCCCGACUUCAAGGAGUUGGACGAGAACGUGGAGUACGAGGAACGCGAGAGCGAGUUUGACAUAGAGGAUGAGGACAAGAGCCCCGAACCACACAUGGGAAAGGAGGAAGAGGGAGGAGAAGUAGAUGUAGUAACCGUGGAAGCUAUAGCAGCUUUCUGUAGCAGCGACGAGGAAGGCACUGAUGAUAGGUCGCUGCUGUUUCUCUCUAUCACACCUGAGAUCGAGGAUGCAGGAGACAUGGCGUGGGGCGAUCAGGCUGAUGAUCCAAGCAGUGCAAAGAAGCACUCGUCACCCGAGCAGGGAAGUGGAAAGAAAAAGAAGAGUAAAGUGGUGGACAUUGAACUAGAAAAUGCGCCGUACGAUGAAGUCCAUCCAUUACUGAAUCCGACUCGCAAGGAGAAACAGCAGAAGGGCAAGAGCGGCCGCCCGGCCAAGUCUAAAGGCAAACAGUCAGAUCCGGCGUACAGGCCCGUAAAGAAGCAGAGGACUGACAGUUAUUGAGAUCGUAUACACAUGUGGUUAAACGUAUUUUAUACUACACGCGUGUAUGCCUUUCCAAAGUUGCGUAGCAUUCGACAGAUCUUCGUCAGGGUUUUUUUUUACUCGCUCGUCUCUUUUUUUUAUACUGGGAGUCAGCUGCAGAGCUCCACGACUUGCCGUCGCACGCGAAGAUGUGUUCGUUUUCUGCGUGUGUGAGUGGCUGCCGUCGCUGAAGGGGUCUGCACGCACGAAACACGUUGGUUUCGGUGGUUUUUCUUUCCUAUAUCAGCAGAAAUCACCGCAAUCUUAUUGUUAACAACAGCAUCAAGGCAAAUGCGCGCAAAUGUGCAGGCUGGCAGGCACGGGCGCGAUGCUGUGUGAAAGAACACAUUGGCGGAAAGAGUGCUCAUUCAUAAAAAAAACCUCAUUAAAUCGUAAAAUCUGAAUUGUGAAAGCCACUCAAUCAGUAAAUGUUACUGUUGUCGGGAAGCCCUUGCUGAAUGAUGCUGUCUAAGCACACUCAAUGUAAAUAUGACCGUGUGCAUUGUAAUUAGUCUUUUAAGUAGUGUCUGAUUGCUGUAAUUGUGUUUGGUGUUUUGUCAAUACUAUUGUGUCCACAUCUAAGAAAAUGGCCAUUCUCAAUGACCUGUGAAGAAUGUAAAAUGUUUAGUCGUCCCAAGCGCGCGCGUUUUUGCUGAAUCCGGAGGGAAUACGUGUUUUUUCCUAUGAAACGACAUUACAUUAUGUGUUGUGUUGUGUUGUUUGAGCUAAACUUGUAACAGACGUGGCUUGGCUAACAGCUGUUUCUAGCGCAAGUAUGCCACAUAAUGUCGUACUGGGAUACGUACAAAGAACCGUGUAAGAACUCUGUAAAUAAAUGACUACUUUGUAAAAGA